ACACACACACACACACACACACACACACAGACAAGAUGGCGGACCGCAGCAGCAGUGCCUCCACAACAGAAAGGCCUCAGAGUUAAACUUCUCCCGACUUUGGUAACUCCACUUUUCCCGGUCUGACCGGAGACAUGAGCGGCCUCUGCCGCCUCUAACGGACCGUUUCCCGGGUCGGUGUGAUUCUCCGGUGAUGUUCCCGUGAAUCCGUCGCUGUCUGAAGCGGACUUUGCUCUUUUCUCCAAACCGGGAAGGUCAGUCGUGGGUCUUCCAACAUGGCGGCAGCGUCUUAUGACCAGCUGCUGAGGCAGGUGGAGGUGUUGAAGAUGGAGAACUCUAACCUGCGUCAGGAGCUGCAGGACAACUCGAACCACCUGACCAAACUGGAGACAGAGGCGUCCAAUAUGAAGGAAGUGCUGAAGCAGCUGCAGGGCACCAUAGAAGAAGAGUCUGGAGAGGCGUCUGGUUCUCAGCUGGAGCUCAUUGAGAGACUAAAGGAGAUGAGUCUGGACUCUGCAGGUUUUAAGCCCAGGUCGAGGGCUCCUCUUCCCCCUUCAUCCUCCUCCAGCUCGGCCUCUUCUGGCUCUGGAGCUGCUGGAGGAGCUGCUGGAGGCUCUGGAGCUCCAGGCCCCCUGACCACCGCUGCCUUCCCUAGGAGAGGGCUGCCGUCAUUGGGCAGAGACAGCCAUGACCGCUGCCUGGAGGAGCUGGAGAAGGAGAGGUCUCUCCUAUUGGCUGAGCUGGAGAAGGAGGAGAAGGAGAAGGACUGGUACUAUGCUCAGCUGCAGAAUCUUACCAAGAGGAUUGACAGUCUGCCGCUCACUGAAAACUUCACUCUGCAGACGGACAUGAGUCGUCGUCAGCUGGAGUUUGAAGCUCGUCAGAUCCGAUCGGCGAUGGAAGAGCAGUUGGGCUCCUGUCAGGAGAUGGAGAGGAGAGCUCAGGCUCGUGUGUCUCGUAUUCAGCAGAUAGAGAAAGACAUCCUGAGACUGGGAGCUCGCCUACAGGUGGAGGAGGGUCAGGGGGCGAGUGACAGUAGCGUACUGGCUGGAGCUCAGAGCUCCAGCAGCCGAUUGGACCACGAACCAUCUAAUGAUGGGAGCUACUCGGUGCCUCGACGAAUCACCAGCCACCUGGGAACCAAGGUGGAGAUGGUGUACAGUCUUCUGUCCAUGUUAGGGACUCAUGAUAAGGACGACAUGUCGCGGACGCUGCUGGCCAUGUCGAGCUCGCAGGACUCGUGCAUUGCCAUGCGUCAGUCUGGCUGUCUGCCAUUGCUCAUCCAGCUGUUGCACGGCAAUGACAAGGACUCUCUGUUGCUAGGUAACUCUCGUGGCAGCAAGGAGGCUCGAGCGCGGGCAUCAGCGGCGCUCCACAACAUUGUUCACAGUCAGCCAGACGACAAGAGAGGCCGUCGUGAGAUCAGGGUGCUCCACCUGUUGGAGCAGGUACGUCAUUACUGUGAGGCGUGUUGGAGCUGGCAGGAGAACCAUGAGAGGGGCAUUGACCAAGAGGAGAACCCCAUGCCAUCUCCAGUGGAACAUCAGAUUUGUCCCGCUGUCUGUGUCCUGAUGAAACUCUCCUUUGAUGAAGAACAUCGACACGCCAUGAAUGAACUUGGUGGUCUGCAGGCAGUGGCGGAGCUGCUUCAGGUGGACUGUGAGAUGUUUGGUCUGAGCAGUGAUCAUUACAGCGUCACACUGCGGCGAUACGCAGGCAUGGCACUCACCAACCUCACGUUUGGAGAUGUUGCCAAUAAGGCCACGCUGUGCUCCAUGAAGGGCUGCAUGAGAGCUAUGGUCGCCCAGCUGAAGUCUGACAGUGAAGACCUGCAGCAGGUGAUAGCGAGCGUGUUGAGGAACUUGUCCUGGCGUGCUGAUGUCAACAGCAAGAAGACGCUGCGUGAGGUUGGCAGCGUGCGAGCGCUGAUGGGCUGUGCUCUCGAGGUCCAGAAGGAGUCGACACUGAAAUCUGUACUGAGUGCGCUCUGGAACCUGUCAGCUCACUGUACUGAGAACAAGGCAGAUAUUUGUGCUGUAGAUGGUGCUCUGGCGUUUCUGGUGGGAACGCUGACGCAUCGCAGCCACACCAACACGCUUGCCAUCAUCGAGAGUGGUGGUGGCAUCCUGCGCAACGUCUCCAGCCUCAUUGCCACCAACGAGGCGCACAGGCAGAUCCUGCGUGAGCACGGCUGCCUACCGACUCUGCUGCAGCACCUCAAGUCUCACAGUUUGACCAUUGUGUCCAAUGCGUGCGGGACCCUCUGGAAUCUGUCAGCUAGAGACGCCAAAGACCAGGAGGCAUUAUGGGAGCUUGGUGCUGUUGGCAUGCUGCGCAACCUCAUCCACUCCCGGCACAAAAUGAUUGCCAUGGGCAGCGCCGCCGCUCUGCGCAACCUGAUGGCCAACCGGCCAGCGCGCUACAAGGAUGCCAGCGUGGUGUCUCCGGGUGCUGGCGCCCCUUCACUGCAUGCCCGCAAACAGAAGGCAUUGUUCGAGGAGCUAGAUGCCCAGCAGCUGUCGGAGACUUUCGAUAACAUUGACAACCUGAGCCCUAAGGCAGCACACAGGAAGGGGCGGGGCUGCAAUGGUGCUGGAGGAGGUGGGAGCACAACACGCUCGUACGCCAACACACCGGUGCUGUCAAGCCCGAAGAAUGGAGAUGGAUCAAAGAGGACGAGUGAGGAAGUGGCAUACGCUCGGCCAGUGUUCCCACCUAGCGUCCGAGCAUCCAGCGACAGCCUCAACAGUGUGACGAGUGCCGAUGGCUACGGCAACCGCGGCAAGACUAAACCAUCAGCAGAGCCAUUCUACUCAUCAGACGAGAGUGGAGCCAACAAGUGCUGCGUCUACAGGAAGUACCCUGCUGACCUGGCACACAAGAUCCGCAGUGCAAACCACAUGGCGGACGACGAUGGCGCAGAACUUGACACACCAAUCAACUACAGCCUGAAGUACUCUGAUGAACAGUUGAACUCUGGGAGACAGAGUCCAAGUCAUCGCGGCGGAAUCGAGAGCGAUGAGGAUGAAGAACAGGAUGCCAGGCUGAGGAGAAGGAAUGACUGCAGCGACUCAGCAACAACCAGUGGCUGCAUAGCUUCUGGCCCCCCGCCACGCUACGUUGUUGCCACAGCAACAUCAAACUACAGUGGUGACACUACAGGCGAGCAGCCAAUUGACUAUAGCCUGAAAUAUGGUGCAGACGCUGCCCGUAAACCUCUGUUCAAACCAGAGGAGACCGCUGCCCCCUCUGCUCCUCCUCCCCCAUCAGCCUCUGCCAACAAGCUCCGCCCCCCUCAAUCCUCAGCUAAUCGGGUUGUGCCCAAAGGCAACCAGGAGUCAACACAGACAUAUUGCGUGGAGGACACACCCAUUUGCUUCUCCAGAGGCAGCUCGCUGUCCUCGCUGUCAUCAGAAGAGGAAGAGGAGGACGGUGAUGUCAUUGAGAGGAGGAGGAGAGGUGGGAGUGUCAUCAGCGGCUGCGGUGGCAGUAAUGAUUACCCGACCCUUCCUGUCAGUGAGAAAGACGCUCAUGAGCAGCAGCAGAGGCAGCAGAAGGAGGCGGAGAGCCAGACCGCCACUUCUGCAGUUCCCUCCACACGAGGGAGACGAGGUCACCACCACCACCACGGCCACGCCCAUCACCACCAUCACCACCACCAUGUUACGUCAUCCUCGGGUGCCAGGACUCCCAAGAGUCCUCCAGAGCAGCCGUAUGCUCAGGAGACGCCACUCAUGUUCAGCCGCUGCACAUCUGUCAGUUCCCUCGACAGCUUCUCCACUUCGUCUAUCGCUAGCUCUGUGCGCUCAAGUGAGCCUUGCAGUGGCGUGCCAAGUGGCGUGGUCAGCCCAAGCGACCUGCCCGACAGCCCAGGACAGACGAUGCCACCAAGUCGUGCCAAAACGCCACCACUGCCACCAUCAACACAGAAAACAAAGGAGCAGGAAAAGGCCAAGAAGAAGGAUGAGGAGGAGAGCAGCGCAGAUGUCCUGCUGCACUUUGCGACAGAGAGCACGCCACACGGCUUCUCCAGAGCUUCCAGUCUGAGCGCGCUCAGUCUGGACGAACCGUACAUUGCAGCUGAGAUGAAGAAGAAGAAAGAGGAGGAUGGAGGUAACGAAGAAAGUGGGCAGGAGGCGCCAAAACCAAUCCUCGAUGAAUCGGAUGACGACGAUGACAUCGAGAUCUUGGAGGCCUGCAUCAACAUGGCCAUGCCCAAGUCAUCACGGAAACCAAAGAAACCACAACAAGCAGCACCACGGAAACCCAGCCAGCUUCCUGUUUACAAGCUCCUCCCACCUCAAAGCCGCACCCAGGCACAGCCAAGGAAGGAUGUCCCGCCGCCAGAAGAGGUGCCCAGAGUUUACUGUGUGGAGGGAACACCGCUCAACUUCUCUACUGCCACUUCACUCAGUGAUCUCACCAUCGACUCCCCACCCAAUGAGGAGGCGGCAGCAGUUGUUAUAUCUGUAGGCCCUCCUACCUCCACUCAGGGGAGGCGGGCUGGACUUCCUGAGGGCGAAAACGGCGAUGAUAUCCUUGCAGAGUGUAUCAGCGCUGCUAUGCCCAAAGCCAAACCGAGAAAACCAAUCAGAGCAGCAACAAACAGCGAGCACCACCAAGCUCCACCUCUUCCCCCACCUCUUCCUCCCCCUGCCCCACCUUCUCUCGUCCCGCAGCAGCAGAAGAAGAAGCCGACAUCUCCUGUAAAGCCGAUGCCCCAGCGGACAUCAUAUAGUAUCACCACGGCAACAGCAGCCAAAGCAAAACCAGGGUUUGCUUUUGAUUCGCCGCGUCACUACACUCCAAUAGAAGGCACACCGUGCUGCUUCUCACGCAACGACUCGCUGAGCUCACUCGACUUCGAUGAAGACGAUGGUGGAGAGAAGGAUGAAGAGGAGAAGAAAACAAAAGAAGAAGAAGGAAGGAAGAGGAAGCAGCAGACAGCGGCUGUUUUCCCUCGAACUAAACCUGCCACCAACCCUACAGCGACGGAUGAGAAGCAGAAGUUUGCCAUCGAGGACACGCCCGUCUGCUUUUCCAGAAACUCCUCUCUCAGCUCGCUGAGUGACAUUGACCAGGAGAACAACAACAAGGAGUUUGCUCCACCACCACCAGCUGAGCAGCAAGAUGGAGGAAAAGUGAGGAAGAAGUCUCCUCCUCCUCAGGCAGAGUCAAAGCCCCGCCCCCCAGCAGCCAGUGGCUACGCCCCAAAAGCGUUCCAUGUGGAGGACACACCUGUCUGCUUCUCCAGGAACUCGUCACUCAGCUCACUGAGUAUCGACUCAGAGGAUGACCUGCUGCAGGAGUGCAUCAGCUCCGCCAUGCCUAAGAAAAAGAAGAAAGCAGCCAACACCGUCCCUGCCGCUGUUGCCAGUGCACUUCCUAUUUCCAAAACUGAUGACGGCAUACUGGCUGAGGAAGAGCCUUCAGAGGCACCAAGAAGCCCUGCCUCCCCUGACUCUGAGUCGUUUGAUUGGAAAGCUAUCCAAGAAGGUGCUAACUCAAUUGUCAGCAGCCUGAAUGCUGCCGCCGCUGCUGCCACAUCACUAUCCCGCCAACCAUCAUCUGACUCAGACUCAGUCCUGUCCCUAAAGUCUGUGGGCUCACCAUUCCGUUUACCAGCAGCCAAUAGCAAUGCAGAGGGAGAAGAAGUGGAUGGAAAGGAGUUGAAACGGGGGGCGAGGAUCUUGAAGGGGGGAGAACACACCACGCUGGAGGCCAAGAAGAAGAAGGAGGAGGAAGAUGAUGAGGAGGCAAAGGCGGUGAGAGGCGGGAAGAAAGUGUAUAGGAGUUUGAUCACAGGCAAGCCGAGGGCGGAGCCAGCAGCCAGGGGGCGGAGCAAACCCCGAGCAGCAGCUGUGGCCAAAGCUCCAGGAAGCAGCGAUGGCCCUGACAGAGGAGGCGGGUCUUCUCGGGAUUCCACGCCGUCCCGCACUUCCACCACAGCCAGUCAGAAAGGAGGAAAGCUGUCACAGCUGCCACGCACAGCCUCUCCAGGAAGUGCAUCAUCAUCAUCUUCAUCGGCCUCCAGACAGGCUAAACAGAGUGCGGUGUCAAGGAGUGGUGGCGGCAUUCCAAGGAGCGAGUCGGCAUCGAGGGUCAGCGGCAGUACGGCUGCCAAGAAGCAGAAGGCAGAGCCGGAGAAGCCGGCGCUCGUCCGUCAGUCGACCUUCAUCAAAGAAGCUCCGAGCCCAACACUGAAGAGGAAGCUGGAGGAGUCUGCAGCCACCGUGGCAUUAGAUUCACCUACCAGCCCUGACACACCGCUCCCAUCAGCAACCAGAAGACACGACGUCAACCGCUCCCAAUCUGAGAGCCCGUCACGGCCACAGGAAGUGACAUCAUCUCGCUUCAGUCGCACCGGCACCUGGAAGCGGGAAAAUGGCAGUGGAGGGGGGGGGGGAGGUGGAGGGAGUGGCAAUAAACAUUCGACAUCAUUACCACGUGUGGGGACGUGGAAGAGGACAGGAAGCUCCUCAUCUGUGUUGUCCGCGUCAUCAGAGUCCAGCGAUAAGGGGCGGAGUGAGGAGGAGACCACCAUGAGGUCGAAGGGAACAUGGAGGAAGGCGAAGAGCGGCAGCGGCGAUUCAUCAACAGGGCGGAGCUUGACCAACAAAUCAGAAGAUGUGUGGGUUCGCCUGGAGGACUGUCCCGUCAACAACCCGCGCUCGUCCUCUUCCUGUUCAGCCCGCUCUCCCACCGCUGCCAAUGCCCCACCUGUCAUCGACAGCCCUGCCCCUUCAAAGAUCCCCUCCUCCUCCUCUUCCUCCUCCUCCAACCUCAACCUGCGCAGGAGCUGCGAGAGCCUGGAUGACAAGCUGCCACCACCCGAACGGCAAAAACAAUCACAACAACAACAGCAGCGCAGUCAGCAGCGCAGUGGUGCUGUAGCGGCUCGAGUCAGCCCCUUCAACUACACCCCAAGCCCAAGAAAGAGCAAUGCUGAUGUCACCACCACCGCCACCCCAACCACCACGACAUCUUCAUCAACGACCCCCACACGGCCUUCACUCAUACCCACUCCUGUCACCAAAAAACGAGAGCCGAAGGGUGGAGAGGGUGGUGGCGGCAGCGGUGGCAGUGGCAGUAGCAAUAGCGGUGAGCGUGGCUCGUACAUCGUGACGUCAGUGUGAGACGGGAAACGGGAAGAAGAAUUUGGAAACAGUUGGACACAAAAUGGCUGCCCCAGUUGGGACAGUUGAUAAAAUGGAGGAAGUGUAAAUAUGUGUUUGUGUGUUAACGAUCUGUACAGGAAGUCUGUAUUUAAGUGCUAUUCCCGCCCCUCGCCUCCCUCCUCUCCCCUCAUUGGCCCCUCUCACCUGUCAAUCAAGCUUCUUUAUUCAAUGAGAGAAACUUUAAAAAUGAACUUUUUAUGUUUUUAUACCACUAAAAUGUGUAGCGCUUAGCUCCGCCCCUCUGCCUGUGUCCCUGCAUGGCCCCUCCCCCUACCUUAACGAUGACAGUUACCACGGUGGUGGUGAUGGUGAUGAUGAUGGUGGUGUUUCUGCUAGCUGUAGCGUCUGAGCUCAUUCUGCUCUUAGGGAAGUUUUUUGUUUCUUGAAUUGAGUUUGGUUCUGAAAGCAGAUUUUUGUCCUGUUGCCGAAGUUAAUUUAUUUUCUCCACAUGGAGAAAAAUGACCCUUGAUCAGUUUAUUUCUCAGAAUUUGAAAACUGUGAUCCAAGUCCAAAUUAAAUCAAAAUGCUUUUGUCUGUUUCAGUUUUUGGUUCUAAUUGACAUAUAAAAAGUUUUGUGAAUGGAACAUUUUCAGUUCUUCUUUCUGUCGUCAGAUGGAUGUAAAACACGUUUUCAGAACCAGACUCAAAAUCUUCAUUUCUGUCAGAGAGGGAAGUUUUCUGCUGACUGAACUGUAGAAAUUGAAACGUGUUGGAGGAAGUUUGAGUCGGUCCUUUAAUUUUAGGAUACAUUUUGAGAAAUUGUCUGUUGGCUUAAAACUUGCCGCUCUGUAUCGCCUUGGAAACAAAUAACACUGUAAAACGUAAGUUAUUGCUGUAAAACCUUAAAACCUUCUAACUUUGAAGCACAUAAUUUAAAACAAAAGAUUUUUGCCAAAAAGUUUCCACAGUGUUUCUUCAUGGCUGUAACUUGAUUUUCACUGUUUUUAUGUUGAAGCUGGAGGAAAAACUUUUAGGUGAAAUGUUAAACAGAACAAUAAAAUUCAACAUUUUAGCUGCAAAA